CUACGUACGACAUCCGACAUACGAUGUCUGAUAUCCAAUAGGAGAACUUGUUUUCUAGAUAUUUCAGCUAAAACAUUUUGUCGUACGAUGAUGCUUGUCGUACGAAAAUGUUCAUCAAGACUGAACUUUUUCAUACGUACGACGGACACAAGUCUCGCGAGACCACUCGAAUGGGACGAACAUGCGUCUUGCCCGGUUCGGGUAUUGCAUUAUUUCGUCCAAUUCAUCGGUUUGAGGUGAUCGGUGUAUAUCAUACUUUGAUUUCACGAUUUAUUUACGAUUCUCGCCGGAAUCGCCGUCAUUUUUGCGAUAUACAUAAUCGAGAUACAUAAUGGACAAUGCUUAUUGCACAGACUGUGGCGAAUUGUUGGAUUCCUCCGAUCACAUAUGCUGUUUAAAUAAAAAUGAAGAAUCAAAUAAUAAUUGGGAACCAUUCGACGAGAUAGUACUUCAAUCUGAAGUUCCAAAUAUUGAAGAACUAAUUAACGAGGUAUUUCGAAGACCACCAUUGUGGAAUAGCAGUCUUCCAUAUGAAAAUCGAGGACCAGCAACAAUCAAAUUUUUGUGGUCGGAGAUUGAUGAAAAAUUAAAUUUAUAUCCUGGUACAGCAUGUUCUAAAUGGCGUAAUCUACGCGACACUUAUGUCCGAAAGUUAAGUGAGCAAAAUAAAUAUGUUCCUAGUGGAAGUGCUGCUGAAGCCAAACCUAAGCCAGUAUCAUGGCCAUAUUUUGAGUUAAUGGGAUUUUUACGAUCAACAGUAACACGUCGAAAGACAUUUAGUAAUAUAAAACCACUUAUACCUUCUACCAACAAGAAUAAAUGUUAUUUAAAAGAACCAUUAAAAGAGAGAGAUCAAAAUUCUACAUGUGUUACUCCAUCAAAUUACAGAAGUAGUACUUAUAAAAAUGAC